GCUCCGAGUCAGGGCUGCUCAGGGCGGCUCGGAGGGCAGGGCGGCGGGGAACAGCGCCGGUGCCGGGGCUCCCACUUCCCCAGCCUGCUUCCGCGCGGCCCACCAUGCUGGGAGACCACAGCGGCGUCCCCACAGACCGGGCUCUGCUCAGCCAGCCCCCGAAGACCGGGCUCAGCUGCAAGAUGGUGCUUCAAGCAGUCGGCAAAGUGCUCAGGAAGUCCAAAGCCAAGCCCAACGGGAAGAAGCCCGUCGCCGAGGAGAAGAAGGUGUACCUGGAGCCGGAGUACACCAAGUCCAGGAUCACCGACUUCGGGUUCAAGGAGCUGGUGGUGCUGCCCCGGGAGAUCGACCUCAAUGAGUGGCUGGCCAGCAACACCACGACGUUCUUCCACCACGUCAACCUCCAGUACAGCACCAUCUCAGAGUUCUGCACGGGGGAGGCGUGCCAGACGAUGGCCGUGUGCAACACACAGUACUACUGGUAUGAUGAGCGGGGCAAGAAGGUGAAGUGCACGGCCCCCCAGUACGUCGACUUCGUCAUGAGCUCCGUGCAGAAGCUGGUGACCGACGAGGACGUGUUCCCCACAAAAUACGGCCGCGAGUUCCCCAGCUCCUUCGAGUCCCUGGUGAAGAAGAUCUGCAAGUACCUGUUCCACGUGCUGGCGCACAUCUACUCGUCGCACUUCAAGGAGACCCUGGCGCUCGAGCUGCACGGACACUUGAACACGCUAUACGUGCACUUCAUCCUCUUCGCCCGCGAGUUCAACCUGCUCGACCCCAAAGAGACGGCGGUCAUGGACGACCUGACGGAGGUGCUGUGCGGCGGCGGCGGCGGCGGCGGCGGCGGGGGCCGCGGGGGCGGGGACGGCGCGGGCGGGGCGGCGGGCGCACAGAACCACGUGAAGGAGAGGUGAGCCCGGCCGCCCGCGUGGGAGAGGCGGCGCGGCCGCGGGGGAGGCGGCGCCCGGCGGCGCGCGGAGUGUGGGCGCGGGCACUCUGCGCCGCCGGCACCGAGAACUUUGGGACUCCGCUCGUCUGCUCAGCAGGCACUUAGGGACCGCCCCCGUCCAAGUCCCCUUCUGUGGGUGCGUCUCUCCCGGUCUUCCGCGCCCGCCCCGCCGCCGGCUCGGCCUCCGGGGAGACACGCGACAGGCGGGGCUCCUUCCCCCGAGGCGGGGACCGCAGGCUUCGCUUCCACCGUGUUUCGUCUUGGUUCGGGCUGGGGGUGGCUUUCUCCUGCUCUCUCCCGCUUGGUCUGGACCUCGGCUGUUGGUGGCUCAGGGCGGGUGGGGAGGGGCCUGUCUCCCUCCGCUGCCCCCGCUGCCCAGGAGGGGCCCCCGGGCUGGCCGGCUCGGAUCCCGGUGCCCUGGCGGGCGGCCUGUGCGGAGACGCGGCCGGGGGCAGGGGGAGAGCCUGGCUUCCCUGUGCGGGUGUAAUAAACAGACUUCUCUCAGGUCA